AUUAGAAAAUGCACUUUACGUUAGAAAAUGUCUCAUACAUAAAAAUGCAUACACUUUCUUCGUCGAAGUAUAAAUAGAAAAAGAGCUCUGAUCUUCGCAGGACAUCAUAGGAGACUUUUUCGCGUAAAUAUAUGUUAAGAAAGUGAAAAGUUGAACACAAUUGGAAUAUUAAUAUUCCCGUGAGAAUGCGAAGGGUGGCACCAAGGGAUAAUCUGCCGAUAAUUCGCGUAUAGUAUUCGUGUAUGAACUCGGACUAACUUGUCAAUUUUGGCACUCUUCUUUUUCCAGAUACGACUAAGUUAGGGAUGUCGGAAGUGCAAAGGCUAAGCAAUUUCCAAACGUUUAAAGAAAAAAGAGUAAUCAAAACAAACUCAAGAUUGAUUAUUUAGAAGCUUUAUAUAUAUUAAAGUAAAUAAAUAUUAGUAAAUUAAAUAUGUCUGCGCUUAAAUUUGGGGACGUUAACCUUUAUGAACUGCUUGGCAUCGACAUUGAAGCUGAACAGGCGGAUAUACGAAAAGCUUACCGCAAGAAAGCACUUGAAUGCCAUCCAGAUAAAAACCCGGACAAUCCCAAGGCUGCCGAACUUUUCCACGAGUUAUCAAAAGCCUUAGAAAUACUCACCGAUGCAUCAGCCCGCGCUGCUUAUGACAAAGUGUUAAAAGCCAAAAAGGCAGCAGAGUUACGGAACAAACAGUUAGAUAGUAAACGACAAAAACUGAAAGCAGAUUUGGAACAGCGUGAACGGGAUGCGCUACACAAAUUGCAUAGUAAGCAACCCUAUGCGACGGUAUCCAAAACCGAUGAGGAAGUUUUGCAAGACCAAAUUGAACGGUUACGUCGUGAUGGUUCAAAACUAUUGCAAGAGGAACAACGUUUAAUGCGAGAACAACUGAUGCGUACAAUAGCCGAAAACCAACAAACACAGGCCAAAAAAUCGUUUGACUCAUCGGCGCAUAGGAUUAAAAUUAAAUGGAAGUCCGAUAAGAAAGAUAAUGACGACGGUGGAUAUACACACGAAAUUUUACAAACGUUUUUAAAAAAAUAUGGAGAAGUUGUCGCGUUAGUGAUGUCAAAAAAGAAAGGAAGUGCACUUGUAGAGUUUAAGAAUCUUGAAGCUGCCGAGUUAGCAUUGGCUUACGAAAAGGGGCGUCUAGAAAAUCCCCUGCAUCUGGAAUGGGUAACACCACCUACGGCAAAAGCAGUUGAUAAACAUGUUGGGUCUUCGCUAGAUUAUGAAGAUUUGGUUAUGCGCAAACUUCGACAAGCAGAGGAACGUAAAAGGCUGAUAGCACAAAUGCAAGCUGAAGAUGAAGCAGAGCAAUAAUGAACUGUGUCUAAAAAAAUUAAUUAAGAGUAAUAAAUUAUUUCCAGUUUCAA